UCUUGUAAUUGGGUUUUUCAAUUUCAAAGCUUAAACAUACCAGCGAUAUCUACAACCUCAAUGUUAUAAAACGAUUUAACCCUGCAUUAAAGUGGUCACCCAAACACAAAAAACCUGGGUUAUAACCCACCAAAUGACAGAUGCUGACACGCGUGUGCGACAGAAGAUCGCAAGUUGAACGACCGUUCAUCCAAUCCGUCCGCAGCGGACGGACCGUCCGACAUUCUUCGACCGGCGAGAAUGAGGCUCUGGUGGCUGCUGGUGGGGGCGUUGCUGGUGCAGGAGAGCGACGGUAUGGCCACUGCAUUCGACUAGUGAAGCUGGUAAUUGACGUCCGGGUCUUGUCUUAUAGCGCUGCGGUCGUGUACCAAAACCGGGCAGUUACGCGUCCCGUGCGAGGACGAACUGCUGCUGGGGAAGAGCGACCGGUUCCUGCUCACGCUGUACGGCCACACAUGCUACACGAUGAACAUCGUAUCGCCCCAGCCGCUCGAGGUGCAAUUCUACGACGCGAGGGACUUGAAAAGCGGCCAGAGCGUUCGCAAACUGGAAGACGCCGCGAACGGGACGGACGCCUUGGCCGCGCUGGGAGACAGCGCGUGCCAAAACGUGCUGAGCUGCGUGCAACUCCAGGAAGGACUGUCCAAGGCGUCGGUGUACAAUCUAAUGAUCUCACGGUGGGCUAAUACGACGGAGGAGGAGGGGGACGACCUUAUACCGGUGGAUAUCCUGCUGGAACACUGCGAUCCGGUGUCGCCGUGGCAUUACGUCGGUCUAGUGUUUGUUGGCAGCAUUGGGUUCACGUCGACCAUGUUGCUGCUGUGCGUCGUGGGCGAGUUUGUACUGGGACUACGGACCAUCACUAAGCUGCAGAAAGCGGCGCAGCGAGAGCGCUUCGUGGAGCUUGCGCAGAUCGAUCCCCUUAAGGCUAAGAGCUGCGGGAAGGAAGAGCCCGACGAAGACUCAGAGGAACCGACUGCACCGCUCAUGACGACAGUGGUUGCGUCGGAUUCAGAGGCUACGGCCGAUACUGCUUCGGAAUCAGAGAAGGUGUCCCCGGUUUAACCAAUGCACUGGUUAAUAACCAGCAGUCUUACGUAGCAUCAGUAUGGUUUAAUGAAUGCGUUUCAGCAUAACGAAGUAGCAUUAGACAUGGUAAGGAGAGCGUUGUAGACGGACGUUUUCUCUUCGUCUCGUUGUGCGAAACGUGAUUCACGCACGCAUCACUGAUGUUUGUGUUGAUCUGCUGCAAACUCACCAG